ACGCCGGAAGUGACGCGUAGGGAAAGGUGUACUUCCGGUCUGCAAGGCUGCUUCCUCAUCCCGGGCCCGGCUUCACUGGUUUGCUGUCUCUGCUGCUCUGGAGGAUUCACGCGCGAUCGGUAAAGUGCCUCUGCCGAAACCAUGACCAGAUGGGCUAGAGUGAACACCUCAAAUCAUAGGAGACCCUUGUCUGCCACAUCAUGGGAGGACAUGAGGGGGGGGUCUGCAGGGAGUGCAGUCAGAAACCUUCCAAAGCAUAAACAACGCCAAAUCAGUAGGCUGUCCCUUCAAAAUGAUUCCCCUCAAGCAAAACAGAAAAAGAACAAGAAGAAAAAAGAGUAUUUAAAUGAAGAUGUGAAUGGAUUCAUGGAAUACCUAAAACAGAACUCGCAGAUGCUUCACAAUGGACAGUUGAUAGCAGCAGACAGCCGGGAAGUACGGGAAGAGAUUGCAGUGGCCAUAAAGAAAGACAAUCGACGGGAAGAAAGACGAUUAAAAAGACAAGCAGCGAAGAAAAAUGCAAUGAUAUGUUUCCAUUGUAGAAGGCCUGGCCAUGGAGUCGCCGAUUGCCCAGCUGCACUGGAAAGUCAGGACAUGGGCACUGGCAUCUGUUACCGCUGUGGGUCCACAGAGCACGAGAUGACAAAGUGCAGAGCUAGCGUGGACCCCGCUCUUGGUGAAUUUCCUUUUGCGAAAUGUUUUGUCUGUGGAGAAAUGGGACACCUAUCCAGGUCCUGCCCCGAUAAUCCCAAGGGUGUCUAUGCUGACGGUGGCGGCUGUAAACUCUGUGGCUCUGUGGAGCACUUUAAGAAAGAUUGCCCUGAAAAUCAGAACUCAGAUCGGAUGGUCACAGUUGGUCGAUGGGCAGCGGGAAUGAGUGCCGACUAUGAAGAAGUCCUGGAUGCACCCAAACCACAGAAACCAAAGACUAAAGCACCCAGAGUUGUUCAUUUUUAAUAAGAAUCGGUACUGCUGGUGACUACCACCUCACUGUUACUUUCCAAAGUAGGCCUUUACAGGUUAGAGCUGGCUUCCUGUGGAGGCGAACCUGUAUUAUAGACACCACCCUGACCUAGGUGAAGUCAAGUUGACUGUAUUCUGUCCUCCAAGGAGUACAGGGUGAUUAAUUGUACUUACUCUCUAGACUCUGUGUGUGUGUGUGUGUGUGUGUGUGUGUGUGUGAGAGAGAGAGAGAGAGAGAGAGAGAGAGAGAGAGAGAGAGAGAGAGAGAGA